CUAAUUUCAAAUUUAUCCACUCAUGGAUUGAUCAAAAUUCCAAAACCUAUAAAUUUGCGGCACAAAAAUCUGCAAAUUAUGAACAGAAAUUUCAUAUGGGACCUCCCCUGAAGAGAAAAUGUACUUCCACCUUCAUAGAAUUGGUCAGUUCAGGCGCCCAGCCAAACCCCUCCCUUGUUCCGUAUGAUUGCAUAAUUCGUGCAUGCGGAGGGUUCUCUUGCUCGAUCUGGCCAUACACAAAAACCCUAUUUGAAGGAAUUUGGAUUACAAAACAUUAUUAUUAUUAUUAUUGUUCAACAGGCUAUGAACGAUCCAAUUUAUUGGAGAUAAUCUCGUUCUCGCAUGCCAUAUUUCAAGUUGGGCGCUGCAUUUCAUGAAUUUGAUCACCCAAUGUGGCUCCUCCUGUGAAAAAGGGCGUUUCAUUUUAAAAUUUUAGGGUGAUAUUUGGAGUGGGGUUAUACUCCAAUAUUUGAUUUUAUUUCUUUUUUAAUGAAUUCUAGGUAUCGAUUACUAAGAAUUGCAGAAGUAUAUAAUUUGGUGGCCAUUUGUAAGUGGUGUGCAUCAGAUAUAAAAUUCGGUUUGGUGAUUAUUGCUGCAAAGACUUGAGUUUUGGGCUCUGUCAAGCAAGGGGGAUGCUUCAUAGGUUUUGGGAUUCAGCUCGUGCAAAUUGGAGGUUUUGGAGUUGAUUUUGCGGAUGAUACAACAAGUGUUGAGUGGAUUUCGGUCUGCUGAUUCAAGACCAAAUGCAUAUCAAGAGAUUACUUCUGUUAAUUGUUUCUGUGUUUCUGUAUGUCAGUACUGGGGCAACAAGUUUAGAGAACAGGAAGAGCGCAGAAGAGGAUUUAUUGGCCAGUCUAAUAAAAUACGGAGGGAUAAAUCAUGACCAGGCUGAGUUAAUAUGGUUAAACUGUAGGAUAGAGUUGAUCCAUGCUAAGGAAGCAGUUGAAGAUCCUGAAUUUUCUGUCCGAGUGGAUAAGUAUAAAGGGAACAGGGAAAGAGUUUCUAAUGGUAGGUCAUCAACAAAAGAAGAAACGCAAAAAAUCGUAAAUAUCUUGCACCCAUUUGUAAAACAAACCCUUCUGGGUUGUUUAAGGGAGAAAAAUCUCAUGUUUCUUGUCUCUGGAGAGGAAAGUGUUUCAAAAACUUGGUAUAGCAAGUGCUUGGACUUCUUAUUUGUGAGGUCUUGUGCUCCUAAACAACGUGAAUUAUUUCAGAGCUGUGGAGAAAUACCUGCUCCAUCCCCCAUAGUUGCAUCACAUAGUCCAAAACCAUCAAUGCCUAAAGUUGCUAAAUCUUCACCGCAUGCUGAUCCUCCAGUGCAGCCAUUCAAUCCACGAAAACUCAGUGACACUGCCACUGUUAAAAAUUCUAAAACAAAUUUAUCCUAUAGUUUAAAAGCACAAUCAGAGCAAUCAAGUUCUGCUCCAGUUGCUGCGGCUGCUGUGUUGGUAUUGGUUGCAGUUGCCUUGCUGUCCAUAUGCUGCUAUAUGAUUUGUGGGGGCGGAUCUGGAAAGGGACAGAAUGAUGAGAGGCCUCUCCUGAGCUUAAGUUCUGCUGCCUCUUCACAGAAGUCGUUUUCUUUGGGCAGUUCAUUAAGUGACAGCAAGAGUGGUAUUCAUUCAUUUCACAACUCCAAUGAUAAAAUGGAUUGUAAUUUGUUAAUGGAGCCACAGACACUCGGCAGCUCUAGAAUGGAGAACCCAGUGGGAAAUGGCUCCACUCGUGUCACCCCGAUAGAAGAUUCUGCUCCCCUGAAGCCUCCCCCAGGCAAAGCUGGACUGCCUCCCCUGAAGCCUCCCCCUGGUAGGACAGUUCUGCCACCCCCUCCUGGAAAGACAGCUCCUCCAGCAUCAGCACCAGAACCAACACCAGCACCAGAACCAGAACCAGAACCAGAAUCAGAAACAGCACCAGCAGCAACAACAACACCAACAACAACAACAACAUCAACAUCACCACCACCUCCUCCUCCUAAUGCAGCAUCUUCUGGACCUCCCGCACCUCCUCCUCCUCUAAGACCAUCCUCUGGUGGACCUGCUGCACCUGGACCACCUCCUCUACCUAUACCUUCUGGUGGCAAGGCUGGUCCUCUUCCCCCGCCACCUCCAGGUGGAGCAGGUCGCGGAGGGCCGCCUCCACCAGGGCCAGGGCCACCACGUCCCCCUGGCCCUGGUGGCGGCCGCCUCGUAGGAUUUAGGCCACCUAUGGCACCUUUUGGACCAAGUUAUGAAGACGACAGUAAUAAAGCUAAACUGAAGCCUUUCUUCUGGGAUAAGGUUCUAGCCAACCCUGAUAAUACAAUGGUUUGGAAUCAGAUAAGAGGAGGGUCAUUCCAGUUUAAUGAAGAGAUGAUCGAGACUUUAUUUGGUGCUGCUCCAGAUAAAAACAAGGCUGGAACAAAGAAAGAGGCAGCAGAGGAAAAACCUCAGUAUAUUCAAAUUAUUGAUCAAAAGAAGGCACAGAACUUAUCAAUUCUCUUAAAAGCUUUAAAUGUGACAACCACAGAAGUUUGUGAUGCUCUGAAAGAAGGAAAUGAGCUUCCAGCAGAACUAAUUCACACUUUGCUGAGGAUGGCACCAACUACUGAGGAGGAGUUGAAACUGAGGCUCUUUAGUGGUGAACUUACACAACUUGGAUUAGCAGAGAGAUUUUUGAAAGUCUUAGUGGAAAUUCCAUUUGCCUAUAAGAGGCUAGAAACAUUGCUUUUUAUGUGCACGCUUCAGGAGGAAGCAGCAAUGGUUAAAGAGUCAUUUUUAACCUUAGAGGCUGCCUGUGGCAAACUCCGGAAAAGCAGGCUAUUUCUCAAACUCCUAGAGGCCGUUCUAAAAACUGGCAAUCGCAUGAACUCUGGAACAUACCGUGGUGGUGCACAAGCUUUCAAACUGGAUACACUUCUAAAACUAUCUGAUGUGAAAGGAAAAGAUGGGAAAACCACCCUUUUGCACUUUGUUGUUUCAGAGAUAAUCCGCUUGGAAGGUUUACGAUCUGCCCGAGCAUCAAGGGAACUGAGGAGCCUAUCGAGCAUCAAGUCUGAUGACCUGUCACUGGAAUUGCCCCAGGAAUCCGAUGAGCAGAUUCUAAGUCUUGGUCUGGAGGUUGUGUCAGAUUUGGGGACUGAGCUUGAACAUGUCAAGAGAGCUGCACUUAUAGAUUCGGAUAACUUAACGGGAACGGUUGCUAGGCUUGGUCAUGGAUUACUAAAUACCAAGAAUUUUCUCAACACAGAUAUGAAGAGUGUAAAUGAAGAGACUGGGUUUCGCGAGACACUAGAGAGUUUUAUGCAGAGUGCUGAGAGUCAAGUCAUGGGGUUGCUUGAACAAGAAAAGCAAAUCAUGGCUCUAGUGAAGAGCACAGGCGAUUACUUCCAUGGAAACUCGGGGAAGGAUGAAGGUUUGCGCUUAUUUGUUAUAGUCCGCGAUUUUAUGUUAAUGCUAGAGAAGGUGUGCACAGAGAUAAGAGCUCAACAUAAGAAAAAUAAAGCAGCAAAGAAAGAGAAUCCCAGUGGUGCACCUUCAGAACAACCCGCCAAGUCGUCCACUCAACCUGUUAGUAAACCUUCAGAACCCGCCCAGUCGUCCACUCAACCUCUUAGUAAACCUUCAGAACCCGCCCAGUCGUCCACUCAACCUGUUAGUAAACCUUCAGAACCCGCCCAGUCGUCCACUCAACCUGUUAGUACACCUUCAGAACCCGCCCCAUCCACUCGACCUGUUAGUACACCUUCUUCAGAAGAACCCGCCCAGUCCACUCAACCUGGUAGUACACCUUCUUCUUCAGAAGAAUCCAUCCAGUCCACUCAACCUGUUAGUACACCUUCAGAAGAACCCGUCCAGUCCACUCAAUCCGUUAGUACACCUUCAGAAGAACCCGCCCAGUCCACUCAACCUGUUAGUACACCUUCAAAACCCCCCCAGCCCCCUCCCAAGCGCAUUCCCAUUCCCAUUCCUCGUCCAAAGCGGGUAGAUAGUAGUUCAAGUUCUGAUGAGGACGAAUGAGGCUUCUUCUUAGUUACAAUGACAUCUCAAUUGUGUAGCUUGAAGGCCGGGCUUGUUGCAGCUGUAGAAACCAACCACUUCAAGAACUAUUGCCAGCCAUAUAUAUAAACAUUCAAGUCUUGCGCGCUGAUCUUUGCAGGCCUGCCUUCCCGAAAUUACACUCACUUUUGGUGGUAGAUUGCAGUAACUUUGUACAUUGGAUCCAACCACUCUUGUUAUUCUUAUUAAAUUUUGAUUUUAGUUGUGUUAAAGUGUAAUAAUAGGAUGAGUUAUUAGGGUGUGCAUCGUUUUAGCACCAAUUCUUUCUUGGCAAUGUUCUG